AGCCCUUUCUCACCGAUCGUCACGAUCGCAAGUGUCGAGCAGUGCAAGAAAAGUGCAAUCCGCGCAAUCCGCAUUCAGUGUUGGGCUUUCUUGUGCUGUGCAUGUGGUGCUUGGUGUCGUGUGGCAUAUCGAUCAAUUCUGUGAGAUAUUUCGCUAUCAUUCGUGGACGGAACAGUGUGUCGUGUAACGUUGUGUGUGUGUCCGCUUACGAAUUUCGAUUUCCAUCAAAAUGGACGGCGAAGGCCCUCCCGAGCUCGUAACAUCGAACAGCUGCCGUAACGAUAAGAAGCUGGUGGCGUUCAUAAUUGAGCGCCGAAUGAGACUAAUCGAAGUGGUGAUGCCAAUGGUGAUGUUUUUUAGCAACGUGAAGGAAAACUUUCGUGCAUUGUGGUUUUACAAUAACUACGAUUGCAAUAUUCCUCCGAAUGCGUCUAGACCUUUGACCACGGCGUAUCGGAAAAGGCGACACCAGAAGCGACUGAACAUGUUAAUCGCCUACAGCACUCCCGGCUCCCAGCUCAAUGUGGGGGGAUACCUGAAGCGAGCUCACAUCUCAUUCUUCAACAAGGAAGACUUCUACUGCUUGUACAACAUAUAUCAUGCAAAGAAGGCCAAUCUGACCUAUGUAGAAUCCAGUGCUUCCGUACCACGUUUGUACAAUAGCGCGCUAGUUCGGGGAUCGGGGUUCGUUAAUCCAUACCCACUAAAAGAACGCUUAGUCGUGAGCUGCUUUAGUCUUGUGGAGUGUAGAGACUCAACUAACUAUGGCCGUCAUCUAAAUGCUCGUCAGAACCUGGCCAGAGGAGAUACGGCACUACGCGAGAUGCCAUUUGUGAGUUUACUUAUAAAGGACUUGUGGAUGCGAUGCCACCAUUGCCUGAUCUACGCACCGCUCGUACUCAUCCCGUGUCAAUACUGCUCGCUGGCGUUGUUUUGUUCAGAGACCUGUCGUGAUCUUGCCCACGAAGAAUACCAUUCAAUGGAGUGUGCCAUUAUGCCGAUCCUUCUUGGGCAGUAUACACCCAUCCAGUUUCUCGCUCUGCGUCUUACAAUCCGUGUUUAUAAAAUGUUCCCCGGUACGUCGGAUGCACUCGAUGCGUACAUUCGUAACCUAUCCGAUGACGACAACGCAAAUGAGUAUAGCACGCCUAGUUCGAAGCCAGAUUAUCGGAAGAUCUACGGACUGACAACCAACAGAAAGCAUUUGUCCAGACAAUCACUAACCAACGAUGGACUGAAAGCAGUCUCGCUGGCUAGGAUGCUCGUGCGAAAACAUGGACUUCCAAACAGCUUUGUGAAACUGCUUGCCGAACUGACUGUGCGCCAUUUGCACAUCCUCCGUGUCAACGCUCUGGUCCUGCAUUGCUCCGUGGAUGAACCAUCGAAGAAUGACUACAGCUCGAGUUCGGUGCCAUACGCGCUAGUUCUGGUUACGACGGGCAGCAUGUUCAACCAUUCGUGCGACGCGAACGUGGAGUAUUCGCUGUCACCUGACGGUGCAAUUAUGUUUGUGGCUAAUCGUUACAUUCCAAGAGGCACACAGAUGCACGUCAACUAUCGUAUCGAUCCCACGGAUACCAGAUAUGCCUUUGAAUGCUACUGCCAGAAGUGUAUUUGGGGACGUGCGCGUCAUGGGUCAACCUCGGAACACAUGGUAUAAUCAUGAAGCAUAACACUGAAUGCAUAAAUGUAGAGAGAUUCAGAAAUGUAUCUGUUUAUUUUUACCUGUGUCGAAGUUGGAACUCAAAGAUUUAUCAAAUUUAUAAUCUGAUAUGUUUAUUACGCGAUUGCGAUUGUCAUAGAAUAUUUUGAUUCCUUAUAACAUCAAAUGUUAGAAUAUCUUGUAUGUUUUGGGUGAAGCGGAGUGUUUGAAAAAUUGCUAAAUUGGUUAAGUAACAUUUUUUUGUCUUCAAACAGUUUAGUUACACAGUCAUUUAACUAAAGGUUCCUCUAAAAUUGAUUACGAUGCGUCUUUGCUGUGGUUUUGUGUAACAAUGAACGUCUUGUUAAGAAUCUCUUUGGUCCCAACAUAUGGAUGAUCAGGAAGUGACACGCCAUCUCAAAUUGCUUCGUUCAAGUAGAGGAAACCGUAAGAAAAAAAUGUUAAAGCGUUCCCCCAGCUGUUUUGGCCAUAUCUGCUUCAAAUUAACAUAUAAUUGAAAAUAUCAUUAACUUUCAAGAAAAUUCACUUAUUUUUCAAUGCAUACGCCAUUCAAUGAUCUUUGAGAGAAUGCAGGAGAGAGAGAGAGAUAUUCACUCUUAUUAACUAGACUUACUAAAACAUAAUACGAUGUGAGGAAUAUACAUAGGUUCUAGGAAAUGCAUAAUGGUAAUCCUCGAUUCGGACGAAAUGUGUUGCAAAAUUCUGAAAUAAAUAUAUUAUUAGCUUUGAAAAUACUAUUUUAUGUUGCGUAUUAUUGUAUUACUGAUGAACAUAUCCAUGAGAUAGCCAAAUUAUUAUAAGGAUUCCAACGUUG